AUGAGCGAAGAAUCUGCUCACGAGCUGGACCAGUCGCGUGCAGAGCCCAUUAUAGACUAUGUGCUUAAGUUUGAAGCGGUGCCAUCUUGUUACGUGGGCCCUAGCGAACGGCUUCCCCAAGAUAUAGCGCAGGAGCGUAUCGCUGAGUAUGAGCGCUUGAUCUCAAAAAUACGGAGCCUGGGCCUCACAGUCACGUCUCGGCACUGUCUCAAAGAUGAUGGCUUUGUGCUCAUUUUUGUUGCCGCUUCGAACCGACUUCUGUGCACGGUGCGCGAAAAAGAGAAAAAGCACGACUUUAUUCAUGGCGUGUUGGACACCGCAUCGCCGGCGGCUUCCGAUCUCAGUACCGAUGCAGGCGCAGUUGUGGCCGAGGAUGGGACAGUGAUCUCACCGGCGGACAAGAUUCGCUACGUGCAUACUUUGCUCACAGCAUCUGAAGAUCCGUUUGGCCAGCAGAACGGUGCUAUUUGCGGCGCAGAGAUCCAGCUGGGCCAUGGGCUAUACCCACACGUUGUGGACAUGUUUUCACUGCAGGAUUCACGGUUUAAUCGUGCGUGGCUGCAGCGCUGGAAGGAUAACUCAUUGCGUUCAAUUCUCUUCGGGAUUACCAACGCUCAUAUCGAGACGAUCCGCUUCCACUUUGGCGAGCAAGUCGCGCUCUACUUUGCGUUCUUGAAUAUCUACUAUACUUGGCUGCUUUCGCCUGCGGUGCUGGGAUUGCUUUUUUGGUACAAAGGCAAUUAUUACAGCCCCAUAUAUUCCUUUAUCCUCCUUCUAUGGGCGUGUGUGUUUGUGCAUGUGUGGCGCAUUCGUGAGCGCAAACUUGCCGUACGCUGGGGGGUGGCUGGAAGCGACGCUAUUGGGCAACGGCACCCGAGAUUUCGCCCGCGCAAGAUUCUGCGCGACCCAGCAUCUGGCGAGCGGUACGAAAGCUACGAAUGGUGGCGGCGCGAGUUUCGCACGCUUUUGGGUGUACCUGUGACUCUCCUGUUUGCCACUCUUCUUGUUUUUGUUCUCACGGCCAACUUCUUUGUCGAGAUCAUCACGGCAGAGGUUUACCGCGGUCCGUACGCGAAAUAUGUGGCCAUGAUCCCGACGGUGCUGUUCUCCCUGUCCGUCCCCGCAGCGGUUGCUGUGAGUCAAACCGUUGCGGCAUGGCUUGCGGAGUUUGAGAACUACGCGACGGUGCAGUCGUAUGAUGCUGGCAUCACGUACAAGACGUUUCUUUUUUCUGCGCUUGUCACCUACGGCCCUUUGGCGCUCACCGCCUUUGUCUACAUACCUUUUGGCGACGCAAUCGUCCAGUUUCUUGCUUCGCGCGGCUAUCUCACUGCUGCCUACCGGUUUCUCUUACGCCAGCCAAAGUUUGUCUUGCCAUCGAAGCUGCACUUUAGCGUAAAUCCUACGCGGCUGCACAGCCAGCUGUUUGCGCUCGCCACGACUGCGCAGAUAUCCAACAUGUUUUCUGAACUUGUCCUCCCUGUGCUUCUUCGCGUACUGGUCCGCGCCAAGUCCAAGUUUGCAUCACGCGAGGCCAAGGAGGAGCCGUCUGCACCCAGUCGUGUCUCUUUUGCGAGUGACCGCGUUGAAGUAAAGUUUUUGCAGCGCGUGCGUGCAGAAAUGGCGUUGCCCGUGUACCACGAAUUCGCCGACUAUGCCGAAAUGGCUGCACAGUUUGGCGGAGUCGUGGUCUGGUCUGUGAUUUGGCCACUUUCGCCCGUGAUGGCGUUUGUGAACAACUGGUUCGAGCUGCGCACCGACUCGCUUAAGAUCAUGUUCAAUACGCGCCGCCCCGUGCCUGUGCGUAAAGCAAGCAUCGGGCCCUGGCUCACCGUUUUAUUUUUCCUCAUUCGCAUUGCUGUGUUUACCAAUGCAUCGCUAAACUAUUUGUUUGAGGACAAUACCGUUGGUGAGGGCGUGCAGCACACUGUUGCUACACGCUUGCGGUCUUACAUACAUCCCGAAUCGAGGUCAGGCGUGGUUAAAGAAUGCGAUUUUAGUGGCAAGAUCGGAGGAGUGCUUCCCUUCUUUCUGCCGAAUACGGGACGUGGUGGCGCACUCGUCGCAUCAUUUGUGCUUGCGAUCCUUGUGGACCAGGCAUUUGGGAUUGUGCGCCUUGGUGUGCACCACCUUGUGGAGCAGAUCAUGUGGACAAACAGUCCCGAAGCGACCAAGGUGCGCACGGUCCAAUUUCGUAAUCGCCGCACAGUCGUGGAGAGCACCGAGCUGACCGAAAAGCGCGGCGGCCUGUAUCGCGCGGCACAUCUGCAGCGUGGAGAACGUGUGCACCCAGACAUGAGUUUCUGGGACCCGCUGCACAACACAGGCGCCAACUUCAUCACGAGCCUGUCCUCUGUAGCGAAGACAGCGUAA